AUGAUGGAGACCUUAACGGAUGAAAAACUAAUCGACCUAGCAGAGGCUGUGGGUGUCGAUGCAAAAUUAUUGAAGCUCGGGUUGAAACUGGGAUUUAAGGAGUCAGAAGUCAAGAUGUACAUCAGUACAAAUAAACGAAAUGACAGUUCUGAAGGAACCAGCUACAUGCUGUUCGACUGGAAGAAAAAGACACGGAGAGCGAAUGCAAUACCUGAUCUCAUCAAGGCUCUGACCGACUCUGGAUUUGCGGAAUUAGUUGAUGAAUUCUUCUCAACUGGAGGGGUCGCAACCGAUGGGGUAAAUGCAGGAAGCCCUUCUACUGCAGCUUCAUUUACUGACAAUGCACACCUGUAA